UUGUUGUGGUUUUGUUGUAUCAGGAAGCAGAUUUGAAGUUAGCUCGUUGGCUAUUUUUAAUGUAACUUGUUACGUAUAUGUAAUAACAGGUUAUUCAGGUUCUUCAUAUUAAUCGCUAGUAAUACAUAGUACGCGAUUGCACUCGUAACGCGUAUCUGAAGCCGGGGCUGACUACCUGCUGGUGGUGUAUUUGUUUGAUAUGAUGCUAUAGUCAGCUAACCUACAGUAGCCAAGUAACAAGGUGCAACAUGAAACACAUGAUAAUGAGGCAGUGUGUUCUUCAUGGACCCAGCAGAUCAUGUCUCUGAUCCUGUUCGCCUUUGUGGUUCGGGUCAGGGAUGGACUCCCCCUGUCGGCCUCCACGGACUUUGAACACAACCGAGAGCUACAGGAGAGGAAGCAGCAGCUCAGGACUAUCAGCAAGACGCUGGCCUGCUUUCCCGACAGAGGGAUCGUCAAGGGCCGGGAGCUCAACAUAUAUUUCAUCUCUUCAGAGGGUGUUUCCUACAUGACUGUGUGCCACUGCAGCCUCCCUGUUGCUAAGGCCUUCUGCUUCCUGGAAGAUCUGCGCUGGGAAUUCACAGCAUGCUUCAAUAGCACUGUUGUUGCCUUGGCAGCCAGGCCAUAUCCAUUUUUGGAAUUUGACAGCGCCAUUCAGAAGCUGAAGCAGCAGUACAAUCAGAGCGGUGGUCCGGCCUUAGAGGUGACGUUGGCAGAGGUCCAGGAGGAUCUAAGGAUCCACCCACUACAAGUAAUUAACUUGGACGAGGUGGAACUCACCAAUGGCACUGCAAAUGGGCAUAUGGAGCAAAGUCCUGCAUCUGGGCAGAAUGCAAGACUUGAACCAGUGUCAGCACCAGGCAUCCUGUCUCUGGUCCUAAAUAUCAUGUGUGCGUCCUUGAAUGUAAUCCGUGGCGUGCACCUCAUAGAGUACACAUUCCAGGAUGACUAUGAUGGAAUAUGGAAUGUUGUGGCAUUUCUUCUGGCAUUUGUCUGCUGUGUGUUCCAGUGCCACCUCUACCUGUUCCACUCAUCUCAUAAGAAGCUGAAGUCCUUCACUCUGCUGAGCGUGAUCGUCCUAUGCAACUUGUACCUGCUCGGCUUGAGGAACGUGUGGCAGCUGCUUUUCCACGUGUCAGUUGCCUCCAUCUCCACCGUCCUCAGCCUCACCCGCAAACUCCAAGACAGAACCAAUGACUGUGGGGUCUGAGGAGCACAGGACAUUUUAUUGUGCUGCUCCUCUCCCAGCUACUUGUGUCUCCAGUUUUCAGCGCAGAUGAGAAUAACAGGGAGGUAAAUGAAUCGAACCACAAGUUAUGGAGAUGCUCAGUGGAUUUUUAACAAAAACAUUCUGACCUUUCAUAUAAGAUUACUUGUGUACUUGCACUUUGUGUACACUGUACCAAGUAUACAGUGAAAUGCAGUUCCUUCUGGAUCCCUAAAAUAUCUAGUUAACCUUAAACUAACUUUGUAAACUGCAGCAAAAACAUUGAUCAAUCUCCAUCAGACACAUCCUGUCCUAAAAGUGUUUUCAGUCAGAGUUGUUGACCAAAGUUUUUCAUGUAGAAACAACAAUGUUGUUGCUGGUUAUGCUUGCGAUUUUGGAAUUAAGAUGCAUUUCAGUAUUAUUUCUGCUACCACAGGCCAUUGAUUAUCUUUGCAUAAUCAGUUUACAGCGCUAGGUGAUGGCUUGUGAUUGUAACAGACGUUAGAUUUAAUUGUACUUUUAAAAUAGGCACACAUGGCUGAUUUGGAGAUAAUUUGGUAGUCCAUCUUGCAUUGGUGGCAGUGUGAUACUUAAAUUAUUUAGUGUAGUUUGAUUAGAGAUCAAUGAAAGUUAAGUGAGGUGGGAAAUGCAGCUGUUUUUAUGUGUUUUCAAUUAUUUGAUAAAAAAAAAACCUAAGUCAAAGAUGUAAAUGUUAAGCUAUGGGUUGUUUCAUGCCUUACUGUGUGACAAUGCAAAUAUGGUUGAUUGUUUUUGCUUAUUUAAUCAUAUCAUCUUAUAUACAGAUUCACCGGAAAGUGCUCAGCAAGUUUAAAUGUAAGGGCUCCGUUAACAACUUCACAACUUCAAAUUACAGUCUAUGUUACUUAUUAAUGAGGCAUAUUAUCAGUUAAACACACACUAUUUUCAACACUGUUUUUGAUCAAAGGAGAAUCGUAUCACAUAGUCUACUAUUUUAAACCAUUUUUUGUACGAUCAAAGCAAACUGAGAUAUUUGAGUUCUGUCUUUUUCUACUGAUCUCUGCAUUGUUAAAACGUAUACUGUGGGUAAGAAUAUGAAAGCACUGACUUGACGGGUUGAAUAAUUGUUGGAAAAAUAUUUUUUGACUGCACUAGAUUUUUCUUUUUUUGGCAGUUGUUGAAUGUGUUGCAUAUUAGGUUUAGCUAAAAUGCUAUUUAUAUCCUGAGUUCUGUUUACUUGGUUGAUAUUAAUUUUUAUGUUGUUUCUCUGGGGUUUGUAACACCGCUCCUUAUGUGUAGUUCUCUGAUUGAGAUAGACAUAAAUCACAAGUUAUAUGUUUGACUAUAGAACACAUCAUUGUAGCGCUGCUAAAUGAAUAGGCUAAUUAUAAGUCUCUUUUAGGUUAAUUUUUUGUGUAUUUAGCUUCUUAGAUAUUUAGUUUUUAAUAGCUAAAAAGUUGCACUUGGUGUCUGUUAAGCGAGGGAAAUAAAUUAUUAGUUUAUAGUGUUUGUCAGACGAGUAGCAUUGUGGCUGCAGUGGAACUGUAAAUCCUGUCCUUUUCAUUAUUUUAUCAACAAAGUUAUAGUGAAGUUUUAAGGAAAACAGCAAGUUUAUAUCUCAUAUGACAAUCCAGACGUCCUUCACUAUAAACUACAGAUAGUUUAGAAAAGCCACUUUUAGCUGGUAGUUAAAAAAGUGAGGAAUUUCAGUGGAAGUUUAAAAUGUAAUCCAGCUGCAGAUUACACAGAUGAACCUGCUAUCAGUAAAUUAAUUUUUUAGGUUGUCCUAUCCAGAACUAUAUCACAGUACUGAGAAUGAGACCUGCUCAGUGAACAGCGUUUUGAUGCUGUGUUCAAUCAUACAACAGAGGAGCAAACUCUUACGUAAACUAUGUUUUCUUUGACAGGGUCGACAUACACUUUGUGAUUGAUGAUUCUGAAAUCUUCAAACAAGUGAAACUUUGUUAUUAUGUGUUACGUUGCAUGGUAUUUUCUGGGCUGUAGUAUUUUUGAUACAAAGGUUUUACUGACUCACCAUUUCCACUCUAGACUACAAGAAAUGUAUGAUUACACUGGUGACCAAGUGAAAUGUAACAAAAACAUUGCUAUUAAUGUUUUAAAGAUGUAGAACCACCAAAUAACAUGGAGGAUAUUUUAAUAGUCACAAUGAAAAUGAAGGAUAAUUAUGUUUAAUGUGAAGGUUUUUUGAAUGUACAGUAGAAAUACACUGUACAAUUGAUGCAUGUUGCAGCCAUCUUUCUUUUUUUUAUUGGCAUCAAAAGUCUAAACUGAAUUUAGUUUGCAAAUUUGAAAAUCAUAAUGGUUCAGAAGGACAACGUAAAUUAUGUUGUGUCAGUUUCACUAGUUUCUCUUGUUCAAUACAAACAAAAAGCUCAAAGGUUAUUUGUGUCUAAUUGAACUCACAUUAAGGUAGAUUCAGUGGUUUUUAAUGUUUAUAAUGAUGGGAAGUAACAGAAUAUUGUCAUUCAGUGUAACUGCCAAACACAUUGGUGACUACAGGGCUUUAUUUUUUCCUGCUGUGGUAAAACUGACAUUUCAUUAAUAAACAGUGUCUUUUUUUCCA